AGUAAGCGAAAAUCAAAUCAUUCUCUCGUUAAAUACAUUGAAAAUUAUUUGGAAAAUGAAGCUGAAUCUGGGAAAGAGAGCGAGUCUCUCUUGAUCUCAGCCUGUCAAACCCGUCAAUACAUCUCCUGCAGAAAAUGGAAUCAUUUGCUUUCAAAUUAGUUAAUACAACACUGAACUGGGUGACGUUGGCUCUAGAUGCUCCGUCUGCCCGAGCCGUUGUUUUUGGAGUGCAUAUUGGCGGCCAUUUGUUUGUGGAACUUCUUCUUCUUGUGGUCAUUCUUUUCCUACUUUCCCAGAAAAGUUACAAGCCUCCCAAGCGGCCACUGACGAAGAAGGAAAUAGAUGAGCUAUGCGAUGAAUGGGUUCCAGAAUCCCUUAUUCCUCCUAUCACAGAAGAGAUGCAAUAUGAACCCCCAGUACUGGAAAGUGCUGCUGGGCCACAUACAAUAAUUAAUGGGAAAGAAGUUGUGAAUUUUGCCUCUGCAAAUUAUCUUGGAUUUAUUGGACAUGAGAAGUUACUUGAAUCAUGCACCUCUGCAUUGGAGAAAUAUGGUGUUGGUUCUUGUGGUCCUCGUGGCUUCUAUGGAACAAUAGAUGUUCAUCUUGAUUGUGAGGCCAGAAUUGCUAGGUUUUUGGGAACUCCUGAUUCAAUCCUCUAUUCUUAUGGACUUUCCACCAUGUUCAGUGCAAUUCCCUGUUUCUGCAAAAAAGGAGAUGUCAUUGUUGUGGAUGAGGGAGUGCAUUGGGGAAUACAAAAUGGCCUUUAUCUCUCUAGAAGUACCAUUGUAUACUUCAAGCACAAUGAUAUGGAAUCAUUACAAAAAACUCUGGAAAGAGUUACUGCAGAGAAUAAGCGGGCUGAGAAACUGCGGCGUUACAUUGUGGUUGAAGCUGUGUACCAGAAUUCUGGUCAAAUAGCUCCGCUGGAUGAGAUAAUCAGAUUGAAAGAGGAAUAUCGAUUCCGCGUUGUGUUGGAUGAGAGUAAUUCAUUUGGCGUACUUGGCUCUUCUGGAAGAGGCCUCACUGAAUACCAUGGGGUUCCGAUUGAGAAGAUAGAUAUUAUAACUGCUGCUAUGGGGCAUGCAUUAGCCAGCGAAGGAGGAUUCUGCACUGGAAGUACUAGAGUGGUUGAUCACCAACGUUUGAGCAGUUCUGGAUAUGUUUUUUCUGCGUCUUUGCCCCCAUAUCUUGCUAGUGCGGCAAUUACUGCUAUUGAUAUCCUUGAAGAAAACCCCAAUCUGAUAACAAAGCUAAAGGAAAACAUUGCUGUAUUAUGGAAAGGUUUAUCAGACAUUCGUGGCAUCACAAUUGCAAGCAAUCCAGAAUCACCAAUUGUAUUUCUUAGACUAGAAAAGUCAACAGGUUCACAGAAAAAUGACCUACUGCUGCUCGAAGAUAUUGCUGAUCGUGCUUUGAAGGAAGACUCAAUAUUCGUAGUGGCUUCAAAAAGAUCAACACUUGAUAAAUGCCGUCUGCCUGUAGGAAUUAGGUUAUUUGUUUCUGCUACUCAUUCAGAAUCUGAUCUGAUGCAGGCAAGCGAAUCUUUAAAGAGAGUUUCGGCAGUGGUGCUGAGGGAUUAUAAUUGAUUGCUGCACAAGGCAUCUUUCUCUUUUCCGGGCAAGUUGGAUCACAUAGGAUUUCUCUUACAAAUGGCAUUAUUUAUUAAACAAUUUUGUAUUUUAUCGCAAGCAUGCUCAGGAAGGACUGUAAAUGUUGAUACUUUAUGUAUCAUUCCUUGUGUGCAUUUUGACAUGCAUUUUUUUUUUCCUUUUUCUGUGUUGUUCUUUUAACCUUGAAAAUUUAAUUUAAGUUGAUUAGACCUUGUUACAAGAAUUCCUAAUUCUCGAGUUGUAGAGAGGGAAUUAUGUUAUGCUGUUAACCUUUUGGAAAACGUUACUGUUUGAAGCUCAACACCUGAAAGAUGAUGCUGCUAUGAUUAUUAUUUUUAUUUCU